UCAGACCGCAACUCCGUUGUGGUUAGGGGUGCGUAAUACGCAAUUGUUGCUAUAAAUUGUUUCUUCAAUUAAUGUGCCUCGUUUGAUUGUCUGAAUGCCUUUUUGGGCAUACCGCCUGGUCAAGGAUCUUGAAAACAGUGUUUGACAGGUUAGAAAUUGUGGUCCAUGGCGGCCAUAUUGAGUCGUAGCUUUGUGGGAGGGGGAUCUUGUAAAAAGAUACUGCAGUACAUUGGUACAGAUCGACAUUUAGCCUCACAAGAUAUUGGCAAGAAGAAAAUGGCAAAACUUACAGAACAAGAAAGGAAGUCGGAUUUGAUUCCCUUGUUCGAUAAUGGAUGGACAUCAAAAUUUGAUAGUCGAGAUGCAAUUUACAAAGAAUUUCUCUUCAAGGACUUUAAUGAGGCCUUCGGAUUCAUGGUAAGAGUUGCACUGCAAGCUGAAAAAAUGGAUCAUCACCCAGAAUGGUUUAACGUAUAUAAUAAAGUGGAGAUAACGUUAUCUUCUCACGAUGUGAACGGGUUGUCUAAGAGGGAUGUUAAACUAGCAAAAUUCAUUGAUAUUGUGGCUAAAUCAUUCAAUGAAUAAAAACUUCGGGUAAAUCGAAUCUCAUGGCUGCACAACCGAUUGUUACAGAUUGUCGAUUGAUUUGUUUGAAUAACUGUUGUAAAAAUAUUUGUUACAAGGUUACAUCGUAUGUAGAUUACGUUGCACGGAUGAAUGGUAUAUUAUGUAUUCCUUAAAAUCAAAGAGAUCAGCAUAUUUGGAGGUAUUGGAAACGUGAAUUUGAGGCGAAAAUAUACCAGAAUCGUUGACGCUUGAAA